AUGGGAAAAACUAACAAAGAUAUUGAAAAAAGAAGGAAGCAAAAGAGAGAAGCUGAGAGAAAGAGAAGAGAGCAAAUUAAAAAUAAUCCUGAGGGAUACGAAAAGGCGAAAGCAUCAGAAAGUCAACCCGAGGAGUUAAUCAAAAGUUUAUGUUGCGAAAAUAAAAUGGAAGAGAGUUGUUUAGAAAAAAGAUGCGACAACUGUAAGCAAAAAAAAGUUACUUGGAACGAAAUUAACAAAAAGAAAUCUGCUGUUUAUAAAAAAUGGAUACUAGUUAAUGAAGAAAUAAUUGUUAAAGGCAUUAAAAAGACAUGCAAAAAGUACAUAAAGAAAGACGUUAUUUGUAACAAAGAAAAAAUGAUGGAAGCUCUUCAGCAUGAUCUUGCAAAGUAUAUGCAACACAUUGCAAACAUAAGACAUCAAUAUCAGUUUAUCGACACCUUAAAAGAUUCAUUAGAAAAACAAGAUGUUUUCGUGCAUAUGGAUUUUUCUGAAAACUACCAGUGCAAAUACAUUAGAAAGAUACAAAGUGCGCAUUUUGGUGGAGCUACACCACAAAUAUCACUGAUACUGUAG